AUGUUUCCACUUGAUCUUCCUCUACCGGGCGAGAUAUUGCUUAUUACCGACGAACUCGCCUCGCCUGCCGACUUCCUCCUGCACCGCAGCCUCUUUGCACAUCUAAAGAAGAGCAAGGAUGCGAAAUGUAUCAUCCUUUCUGUCGCCCAGGAUUCCGCUCGAUGGAAAUCUAUUGCAGGACAAAUAAGUCCCAGUUUUGCACGCAGCCUCGCGGCCCAAUCCGUUGUAUUCCUCGAUGCAAUGCAAGGAAUCGCAUCUCCUCCUCCUUAUGACAGUUCUGCGAUAGAAUACGUGAAAUCUCUGCUAGACAAACUGCGUUCCACCCUGUCCAAUUAUGACGAAGCUCUCCAUGUCGAAACCCUUGUCAUUCUAGACGAUAUAGUAACCCUUGAAUGGAUCGGUCUACCCGUCCUGGAACUCAUACGAUUUUCGCGCAUGCUGUGCGCUUUAUCGAGAAAGAUGAAUUUCGCUCUGAUACUGCGAUAUCAUACAGUGACUCCAGGCGAACCCGACGAGCUUCUCCGACAUCUCCUCCAACUAUGCACUUACCGCGUGGACGUGUUCCCGCUUUCGAGCGGACGGAGCGGCGCUGUGAGCGGUCAGAUUGCGUUGCAUGCUGGGCCUGCUGUUUCGAACCCGCGCUUUAGCCUAGUCCCAAGGAGUGCAGCGAUCCACUAUCGGUUGAUUGACACUGGGUCCGUUUUCUUUGAUCGAGGCACCGGAGCUGGAGUUUUAUAA